AUGAUUCUCUGUUUGUUUUUGUCUCCAUCAUUACAGGUUCAUGUCAGGGCUGGCCUUUUUCAUGGUACCGAACUCCUGUGUAAAACUGUCGUAAGCUCAGAGAUAUCAGGGAAAAGUGAUCAUAUUUGGAAUGAACCACUGGAAUUUGAUAUCAACACUUGUGACCUGCCACGAAUGACUCGAUUAUGUUUUGCUGUUUAUGCAGUUUUGGAUAAAGUGAAAACUAAGAAAUCAACUAAAACCAUGAAUCCCUCUAAAUAUCAGACCAUCAGGAAAUCUGGAAAAGUGCAUUAUCCUGUAGCCUGGGUAAAUACGAUGGUUUUUGACUUUAAAGGACAGUUGAGAUGUGGAGAUAUAACAUUACACAGCUGGUCUUCAUUUCCUGAUGAACUUGAAGAAAUGUUGAAUCCCAUGGGAACUGUUCAAACAAAUCCAUAUACAGAAAAUGCAACAGCUUUGCACAUAAAAUUCCCAGAGAAUAAAAAGCAACCUUAUUACUAUCCUCCCUUCGAUAAGAUUAUUGAAAAAGCAGCUGAGAUUGCAAGCAGUGAUAGUGCUAAUGUAUCGAGUCGAGGUGGAAAGAAGUUUCUUGCUGUACUGAAAGAAAUCUUGGACAGGGAUCCAUUGUCUCAACUGUGUGAGAAUGAAAUGGAUCUAAUUUGGACUUUGCGACAAGACUGCAGAGAGAAUUUCCCACAUGCAUUGCCGAAAUUGCUGCUGUCGAUCAAGUGGAAUAAACUUGAGGAUGUUGCUCAGUGUAGUUGUGAAACUGAAUGUACAGCAUGCAACAAGCUUGACCCCAAAGAACGACUGUUUCAUGAUGAAGAACUCUCUCAGUAUCUUUUACAGUUGGUGCAAGUUUUAAAAUAUGAGCCUUUUCUUGAUUGUGCCUUGUCUAGAUUCCUACUAGAAAGAGCACUUGCUAAUCGGAGGAUAGGGCAGUUUUUAUUUUGGCACCUCAGAUCUGAAGUACACAUUCCUGCUGUUUCAGUACAAUUUGGUGUUAUCCUUGAAGCAUACUGCCGGGGAAGCGUAGGUCACAUGAAAGCGCUUUCUAAGCAGGUUGAAGCACUCAAUAAACUAAAAACUUUAAAUAGUUUAAUCAAACUGAAUGCAAUGAAGCUAAAUAGAGCCAAAGGGAAAGAAGCGAUGCACACAUGUUUAAAACAGAAUGCUUACCGUGAAGCGCUCUCUGACCUGCAGUCACCUCUGAACCCAUGUGUUAUCCUCUCAGAACUCUAUGUUGAGAAGUGUAAAUACAUGGAUUCCAAAAUGAAACCUUUGUGGCUUGUGUACAACAACAAGGUGUUUGGUGAGGAUUCAGUUGGAGUGAUUUUUAAAAAUGGUGAUGAUUUACGGCAGGAUAUGUUGACACUCCAAAUGCUGCGCUUGAUGGAUUUACUCUGGAAAGAAGCUGGUCUGGACCUUCG